CUUGUUCCCCGUGCGCACGUGCUUCGUGCUUCUGCUGACGCUAUUGCUGCUGCUGCAUCAUCAAUAAGCGACCGAUUCUGGAACUUCUGCUGCUUCACCCACUUCAACCCACUUCAUCUCAAUUUUCCUUGCAGUCGACUGUCAUCGUAUUGUUCUUAUUAUCAGUGCAAUGUUACGUAUGCACAUGCAUUUCUCUUACGUUACUGACCGUUAAAGUUAAGUAUUUUAAAGUGUUAAAUUUUGGUAGAAUUAAAGUAUUCGUUUCUUCGUCUGUCCCGGGUGCACGCGGUGUACGUGUAUUAUUUUUUUUAUCUCUAUUUCUUCAUCUCGCGAACUUGCGUAUUACGUCAUCUGUGAUCCAACGUUCCUGCUAACCAAGUGGAUCGCGCGUGGAGGGGGUACGAAUGUGAACUGUGUGAGUACAGUGACGUUUGUACGGAUCGAGUCUUAUUACGAUACUGUCCGCGGGGUCCGAGGUGCCGUACCACGCCACAGUGCCACACGACGAAUGAUCGUCGAUUCCCCCGUUGUUCAGUUGGAGCCAUUUCGUGCGGCGAUAACUCCGGUUUCCCAGUCCGAAUUCAGACGAUCGUCGUCGUCAUCGGCCAGGAUCGAUCUCACCGAACCUAUCAAACAUGAUGAUACCGAAUUGCAUCCGAAGCGUAGGCGCCCAAACGUCGAAGCGAAACUUCGGCACCUGGAACGAGGUGGUCUCUUACUUUUUCAACAAGAAACACAAUUAUGCCACGGAAGCUUCGUUUGAAACGAAACCGUUCAGGUUGCACAAACUGGACAGCGGGCCCUCCACUCGGGUCACCGUCACCAGAGAAGAAGCAUUAGAGCUCUACAAGAAAUUGCAUACCAUACGUCGUAUGGAGACAGCUGCGGGAAACCUUUACAAGGAGAAGAUCGUCAGAGGUUUCUGUCAUCUUUAUUCUGGUCAGGAAGCUUGUGCAGUUGGCAUGAAAGCAGCACUACGCCCACAAGAUUCUGUGAUCACUGCUUACAGAGCCCACGGGUGGACCUAUUUGAUGGGAAUAGAACCGUUUGGAGUCCUGGCCGAAUUAACCGGAAGAAAGGGUGGAAAUGCGAAGGGCAAAGGUGGUUCCAUGCACAUGUACGCUAAGAACUUCUACGGUGGAAACGGUAUCGUCGGUGCUCAAGUGCCAUUGGGAGUCGGAAUAGCGUUUGCUCAGAAGUACAUGAAUACAGGAGGAGUGUGUCUCGCGCUGUACGGAGACGGUGCAGCUAAUCAGGGACAAGUGUUCGAAGUUUAUAAUAUGGCCAAACUGUGGGACGUUCCGUGCAUUUUCGUUUGCGAGAACAACGGAUACGGUAUGGGUACCAGCGUCGAACGUGCUUCCGCGAGCACGGAUUAUUACACCAGAGGAGAUUACGUCCCUGGAAUUUGGGUGGAUGGCAUGGACGUGCUGGCGGUCAGGGAAGCUACCAGAUUCGCUAUCGACUAUUGCACGUCUGGCAAGGGUCCCCUCGUGAUGGAGACUGUCACUUAUAGAUACAGUGGACACAGUAUGUCCGAUCCUGGAACGAGUUACCGUACGAGAGAGGAGAUUCAGGAAGUGAGGCAAACCAGAGAUCCCAUCGCUGGUUUUAAAGAGCGAAUACUGAACUCUAACCUUGUUACGCCGGAAGAAAUCAAGGCAAUAGAGAACGAGAUAAAGAAAAAGAUAGACGAUGGUGUGAAGGCAGCGAAGGCUGACAGCGAAAUACCAUUGAGCGAACUUACUGCUGACAUUUAUGCCACUUGCCUGGAGAAAGAAAUACGGAACGUUACUCCGUUCAAUCCUCUACCACACACGAGGCUAGGACCUGCUGUGAACGCCUAAGAGCGACCGCUGAUGAAGCGAAAUUCUAAAUAACGUUACAUUAUAGCAAUAUCUGCCAUUAUAAGAAUUCUUAGUUUGUACAAAACAUUCUCGGCUCUUCUGAAUAUUACACACACACACACACACACACACACAGAGAGAGAGAGAGAGAGAGAGUAGAUAAGAGAAAUAGUUGAUUCUUUCCUUUGAUUGUUUACGGUUCAGUUCAGUUGUACAUGUACAAAUUGUAUAUUUAUUUUAUGUAUACAUGCAUAAGUGGAUGAGACUAGCAAAGAUUCGACGUUUUAGUUCGAUCACUGUAAUCUCACUGCCUUGUCUUACUGAUUUGUACGUCGGCGAUUACAUAUGUACAUAGAUACACAUGCCUUCAUAGCAUUAUCGACGACGAUACUUGUUAUUGCUCUUUCCUUCUUAGGAAAUUAGGAUACGAUCCACAAAGCAUACUGUAGACACGCUUGCGUGUUGUCAUUCAUGUUAAUUGAAUAAAAACUAAAUGAAUUGUUACAA